AUGACGCAAGAGGACAAGGAGCUCGCUGCGGCGGGGUACGACCACCUCGACCAAGCGAAGAAGGAGGGCGGGAAGGAAAAGGACGAUGGGAAGCUCGGUAAUGUUGAUAUUACGGAGCAUGGGCUGCCGAUUAUGGAGGUUGCGGAGGUGUUGGGAACGAGCUUUGAGGUUAAGGAUCCGGCGGCGAGUGUGGGGUUGACGGUUGUGGAGGCGGGAGAGAGGCUGAAGAGGGAUGGUCCUAAUGCAUUGACGCCUCCGAAGAAGAAGACGGCGUUGCAGAAGUACUUCGACUGCUUGAGGAAUUUGUUCAACAUUAUCCUGGUAAGCUUUCAACGCGUUUUCCCUGGUGAUAACUUCGCCAACACGUACCUCGGUGGAAUACUUAUCGCUGUCGCUUUCCUCAACGCCUUCAUAGAGUUCUACCAGCUACAGAAAUCGGAAGCUAUCCUUGCGUCCUUCCUCGCCAUGAUUCCGCCUUCGUGCAGGGUCGUUCGCGAUGGAACGCUCACGUCCAUCCCUGCGCAAGACCUCGUCAAGGGAGACAUUGUCCUUGUCCGCACCGGUGACAAGACCCCGGCGGACCUAGUCCUAUUCGCGGCCUCAGAUCUCAAAGUCGACAACAGCAGCCUUACGGGGGAGUCGGAACCCCAGGAGCGGCUGCCCGUCAUCGGCGGAUCGAAGCAUAGACCCGUCGAGGCUGAGAACUUGGCGUUCAACUCGACGUUGGUGGUGAAUGGCGAAGGAUGGGGAGUGGUCGUCAGGACUGGAGACCGUACACUUAUUGGUCAGAUUGCGGCUUUGACGGGUGGAGAGUCCGGCAACAAAAGCCCACUUGCUGUCGAAAUUUCGCGCUUCGUGGCGUUCGUCUCGACCAUCGCCAUAUUUUUCGCCAUUGUCUUCUUCAUCGUUGGUAUCACCACUUCAUACAAAGGCAAUGGGGCCGCCACUGUCACCUUUGCCGUAUCCAUCUUGGUCGCCUUCGUCCCGGAGGGUCUGCCAUCGGUCGUCACUCUGCUCUUAUCCAUUGCCGCGAAGCGUAUGGCCGCGAACAAUGUACUGGUCAAGGAUCUGCAAGGAGUGGAGACUUUAGGUCCGUUCGAGCAUCCCUUUCUGAUUUGUGCUCUCACGCUCUUGGCCACUGACAAGACUGGAACGCUGACAAGAAACCAGAUGACAGUCACGAACCUCUGGAAUGGCGACAAGAUGUACUCUGCUUUCCAGUCAAAUAACGAUGAACAAGAAACCGAAUCCUUCAACAUCGAUGCACCAGGAAUGAACGAGAUGCUCUCCAUCGCUACCCUGAACUCGCGCAUCAAAUUCGACAAAACAGACAUCCCAUUCGCCCAGCGUGAGAUUAUGGGCGAUGCUACCGAGACUGGAUUGUCUAGGUUUGCGGGCAGAUAUGUGGAGGACUAUGAUGCAUACAUCAAGAUGUACCCGAAGAUGUUCGAGGUGCCGUUCAAUUCGACGAAUAAGUGGGCUUUGACGUUGGUGAACAAGGAGCACAGUAAUGGAGUUUUGACGUCGUACAUCAAGGGCGCUCCUGAGCGUGUUUUAGCCAAGUGCACGACAUACAUCAAAGAUGACCAGGUGCUGCCCGUAGAUGAUGAGUUCCGGAACAACUACGAGAACGCAUAUAAUUACAUGGCUUCUCGUGGACAUCGUGUCAUUGGCUGCGCACAAUAUCUCCUCCCAGGCGACAAAUACCCUCUCAACUACCAGUUCUCCAAGAAUGACCUGAACUACCCUAGCGAGGACUACUGUUUCGUAGGUCUCGUGUCGCUCGAGGACCCACCGAAACACGGCGUCAGAGAAGCUAUCGGGACGUUGAGGUUGGCCGGUAUCAAGGUCAUGAUGGUCACCGGCGACCACCCUAAGACAGCCGAAGCUAUUGCUAGGAAAAUCAACCUCAUCCUUGGAGACACGAAGGAGACCCUCAGCAUGAAAACGGGCCGACCCAUCGAACAGAUAUACGAUGACGAGGUUACAGCUGUCGUCGUUCAUGGAGAUCAGAUUGACACUUUGGAGGGUUGGCAGUGGGAUCUUAUCUUCAGCAAGCAAGAGAUCGUAUUUGCGAGGACAUCGCCGAAGCACAAGCUAGAGAUCGUGAAACGAGCACAGGCUCUGGGCCACAUUGUUGGAGUUACUGGCGAUGGUGUCAACGACUCACCUGCUCUCAAGAGGGCGGACCUCGGUAUCGCUAUGAAUAUCUCCGGUUCUGAUGUUUCCAAGGAAGCUGCGAACAUGAUCCUGCUCGAUGACAACUUUGCGUCUACCGUCAAGGGUGUACAGGAAGGCCGGCAGAUCUUCGUCAACCUCAAGAGGUCUAUCCAGUACACAAUAUCGCACAGCACUCCGGAAGUUAUUCCCCAGCUACUUUAUGUCGUCGUACCUAUCCCAUUGCCGUUGUCGGCCAUCUUGAUCCUUGUUAUCGAUCUGGGAUUCGAACUUUUCGUUGCUCUCUCCUUCGCAUGGGACAAACCCGAAACCGUCGACGGACUUAUGCGCCUAAGUCCUCGCAAACCCGUAACUGACCGCUCCAUCACCUCACUCAAACGUCGCGCCCUCCGACGCUCCAAGACCCUCGCCCGUGAUUCCGAAACACUGGAACCCAUCCAGCCUAGCUUCGCGAGGCGCAUGUGGGAUAAGGUGUAUACGAAUGGUGUAAAGGCGCCGUUUACGAGGAUGUGGUGGGAGGAUAGGCUGGAACAGACGGAUGAGGAGGAGUUGGUGGAUGGGAAGUUGUUGAGCUAUGCGUAUUUGGAGGCGGGGAUGAUUGAGACGCUGGGGUCCUUGGUUGCAUAUUUCGUUGUGUUCUUCAAGAACGGUUUCUCGCCUAGCGAUCUGCGCAGGGCUCAACAGUCUAGUGGAACGUAUUUCUUGAAAGGCAGUCCCGACUUUAUCAAUUACAAGGGAGAAAGCCUCGCUGCAUGGCAACAAGUCCAAGCUUUCGGUGAAGCUCAGGGCAUUGUUUACCUUUCCAUCUUCAUCAUGCAAUGCUUCAACGUCUUCGCCGUCAAAGCGCGCUUCUCGUUCCCUUUCGGUCGCUCCAUCAUCGGCAACAAAUACAACUUCUUCGGAAUCAUCGGCGGUGCCUGUCUCGGGAUGUUCAUCAUCUACACUCCUCCUCUACAUGUCGUAUUCGGCGGCUCGUUCCACCUCUCCCCACUGUAUUGGUUAAUUCCCGUCGCUUUUGGGUGUUUGUUGUUGGUUUGGGCAAGUAUCAGGGUAUUGUUGAUGAGGAAGAGCGUGGAGCAGGCGAAGGUGAAGGAUAUUAAAGGCUUGAUGAUGUUCCCGACGAUGCGCACGAUGAGUAUGAGGUCUGGUGGACGUGCAUGAUGAUUCUCACGAUAACGAUAAAUGGACGACGGGGUUAUGUUUAUUUCUAUCAUCCUCUCCAAUUCUUUUCGACUACCAUGACAUACACGAAUACAGCUGAUUUGCCAGUCC